AUGAUGAACGCGAAUGGCUUUUUCUUUUUCAAGUUUUCUGAUGCAAAAGGGAUGAACGAAGUUUUGGAGGGUGGCCCUUGGCUGAUCAGGAACACUCCGUUCUUGUUAAAUGUUUGGACUCCAACUACUAUCUUAAAAAAAGAUGACAUAAAGAAGGUGGCGGUCUGGAUCAAAAUACAUAAUGUUCCAUUAGCAGCUUACUCGGAUGAUGGAUUGAGCAUGUUGGCAACUAAGCUGGGCACACCGAAGAUGCUAGAGUCUUAUACGUCUCAAAUGUGUUCAGAUGCAUGGGGGAGGAGUAGUUUUGCUCGGGCUCUAAUUGAACUUUCGGCUGAUGAGGAUCUUAAAGAGGACUUAAAAAUAGCAAUACCGAUUGUUGACGGUGAGGGUUUUGUAAAAGAAACAAUGAAAGUGGAAUACGAAUGGCGGCCUCCUAGAUGUGGUACAUGUAAAGUCUUUGGCCAUCAUGAUGCUAAUUGUCCUAAGAACACAAAGGUGGUGCAGAAUAAUGUGGUAGAAAGAGAUGCUGAUGGAUUUAUUAUAAAUAAGGGUAAGCCUAAUAAAAAGAAGGGAGUCAUGGUGAAUAAAGGUAAACCGAACUUUGUAUAUAGACCAGUUGAAAGAAAACAUGGCAAUACAGGGGGAGGAACAUCGACUAAUAAUGAGGUUUCAACCUCGAACUCUUUCUCAGCGUUGGAAAAGGAAGAUGAGGGUCCUCGUCUAACAGGCCCUUCGAGUUCUAAUAACAAGAAUAGGUCGAUAUCUUCUCAAAAGACUCAUAAUGAUACAUCUCUUGAUGAUGAUGAGGAUGUGGAUACGGUGUAUGAUGAGACGGCUAUUUUCAUGGAAGCAGGGGUCAAACCAAUUUCUGAGGGGGUAAGCACUCCCGGUUUAGUAGGUUUUAAUGGGUAG